AACAAUUUCUACCCAAAAAGUGAAGAUAGAUUAGAUUAAAUUUGUAUUAAAUGAAAUUCCCUUUCUAAUCAACCCCCUCCUCCAAAAUGUCAACCAUAUUCCGGUAUAUAAGUACCAUAUUCCCUAUUGUACCAAUAUGGUCCAUAUUUUUCUACACUCCUCUAUAGUAUCUUAUAACUCAAAACACUUGUACAUCAAAUUCAAACCAAAGUGAUAUAUUAAGUGAAAGAAAGCUAAGGCUUUGCUAUUGUACAGCAUGGGAGAAGAGUUUCAAGGUGGAGUUUGUGGCACAUGGUGGAAUCCACCGCAUAGUUUAUUCUCCGGCGGCGUAUCGUCACCGUGUUCGGUGGCUCAACUUGGUGGUGGCUUUGAUAUGGGCAGCUUUGGGUGGCCAAAUGAAGUUAUAAAAGGCAGCAAGUUUAAUAAUAAUAAUAACAAUAACAAUAAUAAUCCAACUUUUGAUAACUUAAUCUUUCCAGAUCAAAUGGAUUCUUCACUUGAUAUUUUAGGCUUUGGCCUUUCACCCACUUCCUCAACUACUGAUUGGAAUCAUCAAAAUCUGCUUUGUAACACUGGAAAUAAUGAGGGAAACUUUGAUUCCAUAUUACAAGAUAAUUUGAAUAAUACAAGAUUAAGUUCUUAUGGGAUGGAAGCAAAUUCGCAAAAUAUUAUGAAUUCCAGCAAUUUUACUAGCCAAGAUGCAUCACCACCCAUGGCGUUAACUGCUUCUAGUAAUAGCUCAGGUGAUUCAAGUACAAUCACAAGCGAAGGCGGUCUAGCAACGAGCUUUCCUAUGAGUUCUUCAGCUUCAUACUUGAUUCAAUCCUUGUUUGAUGACUGUGAUGAGGCUCAAGUACUACAUGAGCCACAAUCGGCGAUACCUCAGUAUCAGCUCAUCAGUAACCCUUCAAACUAUGCUUCUUUGGAUACAAGUUGCGAAAUCAUAUCAUCUAAUGCUUGGGUUGAAACAAGUGUUGGUAACACACAUCCUUCUCUUCCUUCUCAACAACAUAUACUACAAAGUAACAAGCUUAAUAAUGGAGGGAUGAGCGCGUUGAUUCAUGAUCAUGGACAAGUGUUUAGUGGUCAAUACUCUCCAACAACUCUUAAUAACAUUCGAGCUAGCUUGUUGAAUUCCUUGCAAUCAAGAUCUCGAGGUCCUUCUUUCAACCAGAAAUCACACUCUUCUACUAGCUUACCUAACAAGGUGAACAAUAAUGAAGAGCCUCGUCGCGAGUCUAAGAAUAACACUAGCAACAAUGAUCAACCCCAAGCUAAGAGGCCGCGGAUUGAGACUCCAUCUCCCUUGCCAACGUUUAAGGUCCGGAAAGAGAAGCUAGGGGAUCGGAUAACUGCGCUUCAACAACUAGUUUCACCUUUUGGAAAGACUGAUACUGCAUCGGUUCUACAUGAAGCCAUUGAAUACAUCAAGUUUCUCCAUGAUCAAGUUCAUGUUCUAAGCACUCCAUAUUUGAAAGGUGGAAAUCCAAUGCAACAACAGGAUUGUGAUAAAUUGAAGGAUAAUCAGGAAGAAUGCAAACAAGAACUAAGAAGUAGAGGGCUAUGUCUUGUACCUAUAUCAAGCACCUACCCAGUUGCUCAAGAGACCCCAGUUGAUUUUUGGACACCUACAUUUGGAGGAACAACAACAACAUUCAGGUAGCUACUAGCAAGGUUCAUUAGUAUAUAGGGUGAAAUCAUGAAACUCAAUUGAUACCCUUCUCAACCACAAGUGUCCAAAAACAAAUACUACUAUUGUCAAUAUCAAUAUCAUCAUAUUUUGUAGCAUAAAAAAAUGGGUAAAAAUCAUGACUUUCAACUCCAAAAAAAAAAAAAAUAGAAUAAAAAAAAUACCAUAUGGUAUGGCAGCUGCCACAUCUUGCUUUAGGUUGGAUAAUUCUUGGAUCAAAGCAAGAGGCAAAACAAAAACAAAAAAAAAGAAAGAAAAAAAAAAAGGAAGAGGAGAGAGAAAAAGAGGAAAGGGAAGAGACCCUUGAAAAGAAAUAUAUGACAAGCAAAUGUUUGGUCCACUAUUAUAGGAAUAAUGAUGUAUGUAGGGCACAAGAAAAUAGUUAGGGGCAAGUGUGGUUGUUUUUCUUUUUUGCUUUCUAAUUUUUUUUCUUCUUCUUAUGUUUAGUUAAGUACUUUAAUUUGGUUGUAAUAAUAGAGGGGUUAGGAGCAGGAACAAGUGCUAAAUUUAGCUGGAAGAUUUUAGUUUAUUAGAAUUAUUAGGGUAAGAGAGAUUAUUGUACUUUGUUAUAGAGAUAUCGCUGAAUUUAGCAUAAUAUGUUCCUGCUUCCUUCCUGCUCAUCUCCAUCUGUGUAAAAGGAAUAUUUAGUUUUGUGCUAUGUAUCAAUUCAAGCA